AAGUGCAAACAAUUUCCUCGUGAAUAAGUACAGAAAAGUAAGAGCAUACGAACAAACCAUGACUCUACGGAACCCGAGACUGUCUGCCCAUGUCCACGGCUUAAGCAAGGACGUGACAGAUUUUGGUGGUGGAGGAAAACCGGAGUACUCGCAGAAAAACAACCAAUAUGCGACCUGUUCCUGGCAACUGCCCCACGUAGGCCACGAACCUGCGACCAAGUUGUGGAGGGCUAGUGAUCAUAGACGCCUUAACUACUCGGCCGACGCAGCCCCAAAUACUACUGCUGGAGUAAUUUGUCCAGUGGUUCAAAGUACUUGCGCGAGACCGUUAUCCGAGAUUCUCUGGGAUUCGCCGUUAGCCAAUGAAAUUAAACAGCGGGCAUUGUCAACGUUUUUUGUUCAAGGAAUAUCCAAUGGGUGUCUGAAUCCAACAGCCUUUGGUAUUACCAAGCACUGUUUUCAAAGUGGCACAUUGAAGAUCCAGCAGGUAUUAAGCUUGGCGACGCCUGCGAGUCGUACGCAGACUACGAACAUCAGAUCGCUGCUACACAGGACACCAUCUACAUGAUAGUAGCGAUGCUUCCGUGCAUGAAGUUGUGGCCCUGGCUUGGUCAGCAGUUGCAAUCGGGAUGUCACGGCGUAUACACAGAAUGGUACAACAACAAUUUUGAUCCAACGUACGAAGGUUACAAAACCUUGGACGCCUUCAUAAACGAGGCAUACCACAAAGGCUCUAUAGAUGAGGAGAAGGCAUCCUCAGUGUUUUUAAGAUGUAUGGAAGGUGAAUUCGAAUUUUUCAACUCGGCACAACACAUGAAGUAGAUUACAGCGCCGCAUUAUGUAUAUGUCCACGUCACUUCCGCUUCCGGACCUGUUGACUGAAUUGACAAUAUUGAUAAUAUGUUCGUCUAUAGGAAAAGUAUAAAGAUUGUAUCCUUAUAUCAAACCAAUAUUUUAGAUUUUCCUUUGGGGAAAUCUGGAUGUCAGAUUUGUGCUUUUCACUUGGCUGUAUAGAUUUGUACAUGUGACAGAAAUAAGUGCAAAUGCUAAACAGAAUGACCUUUUUUAGACAAAAAAAAUAAAUGGUGCUUAUUCCUGACUAAGAUAAACGUACAUAAAACAGUAAAUAGUGUUAAGCUACUCUAUUAUUUCCAAAAAUGUACUGUUGACAAAAUCGUACAUAUACCUUGUAGAAACAUGUAUUAGCAUGUUAUUACAUCAAUUAAAGUAACUUUGCCUGGAUUCAAAUUAAAGUGGCUUCUUUUAUAUUUUAGUGAAUAUGUUUCAGACUUUGUAUAAAGGACUUCAUUUUUAAAAUAUUUGAAAGAUAGUGAUAUUGGUUCAAUGCAAGUAUCAAGGUUGUUUUGUUUACUACAUACACGCCAAAACCAUGUAUAUAUAUAUAUAUAUUUAUACAUAUAUUGUACAAUUUGAUGCCGUUUAAUUUGUUCUAUAAAUGCAAUGGAAAUUGUCGAGGAUAUAUUUUGAAAAAUAAAGUGACAUGUUAAACAUUUUGACAUGUUCUUGAUAAAUUCUAUUAUAAUCUGGAGCCAAACUUUCACGACAUGUCUGAAAGGCAUAUGGCAGAAAUAAUUCUAACAAUGUAGACAAUAUGACGUUGAAUUUUCGGAGCAUUCCGCUCCUUUAUCGAGACAGAAAAAAACCCACAAAACAAUUACAAUAAAUAAAAACAUUAUUUAGAACUAUAAUAGGAUAUAGUUAAACAAAACUUGUUCGAAAUUCGACAACCUCAUAUUGUCUACACUGUUAGAAUAACUUCCUUGUACCAUAUACCAAUUUUAAGUAAUUCCUAUCCUACACACAUACGUUUGCAAAGAGCCAGUGUUAUUUCGGAAGCUACUGUCAAUAUAACGUCUUUGACCCACAUAUAUACCAAGUAUAAUUUUGUAUACUCAGACAUUUGGAAGGAAAAUAAAUAUAGUUGCAAAAAAGACUAAUGAGUUCCAAGUUCUGUUUUUGAUUUGUUUUUAAAUAUAUUUGGACAUUCUAAUGAUAUAGGGCGCAUUCUGCAUGUACACCCCUUUACAGGUUGAACAGCCACC